AUGAGCGCGUGCGAGAAAGGCGAGCAAUGGCAAUGGGCUUUGGUGUUGCUGGACGAGAUAUUGGAGGCGAAUGUGCAGCCCGAUGGCAUCAGCUACAGCGCUGGGAUCAGCGCGUGCUAUAAAGGCGAGCAAUGGCCGCGGGCUUUGGCGCUGUUAAGCGAGAUGCGGGAAGCGAAGGUUGAGCCCACUGCAAUGUGCUACGGCGCCGGGAUCAGCGCGUGCGAGACAGGCAAUCAGUGGCAGCAGGCGUUGGUCUUGCUCGGCGAGAUGCGGGAGGCGAAGGUGCAGCCCAACAUCGUCUUUACUCGCAGCGAUCAGCGCGUGCGGACAAGGUGA